CAGUCCAUUGGAGAGGGGACAAAAGAGGGAAAUGGCAUGGUUCAGGAGCUGAUGCUAACUCUUCAAGCUCUGGGCCUUCCUAGACCCGUGCGUGGAACCCUGGCCAGCCAGCUAGUUCGGGAGUUUCACGGCAAGGUCUCUGAGCUGCUGCCUUCGCUGCCCCCAGAGUCCAUGCAGCCCCUCCUCAGCUCCCCACUGGAUGCGUCACAGUGGGAAGCCCUGGAGUCUCUGUCCCAAAGCCUAACAGAACAGUACUGCUGCCGCCGCUGCCUCCUCCUGAAGCGUCUGGACCUUACGACAUCUGCUUUCCACUGGGGUGACCGGGCAGAGGGCCAAGGAGAGGCCAUGAAGGCAGUGCUGUUCCCAAUCCGAGGACUUCUGACUCCAGAAUCUGAUGUCUCUGUCGCACAUGUUCUGGCUGCUCGAGCUGACCUUUCCCGUCUGGUCCCAGCUACCAGUGUGGCUGCCCGCCAAGGGACCAGCUGUGCCAUCAACAAGGUGCUUAUGGGUGAUGUGCCAGACCGCGGGGGGCGCCCAGAUGCGCUGGAGGCGGCCAUGCCUGCCUGGCAGAGCCGAAGGGAAGACGGAGGAAGGGGGAAGGCUGGCCCACAGCGCUGGGGUCGCAGAAAGAAGAAGAAGAAGUAAAGGGUCUUGGACGGUCGGUCAGAGGUUCUGCCAGGUGCUGAUGCCACUGGUCGUCUUUGAGAGUCACUGUGAAGAGUUUUCCUUGGCACCUAAGCCCGGCAUUCCCUGUCGUAGAGGCCCUAAAUGCCCACCACUCAAUACUAUGAACCAUGUUGUCUGAAAAAUAAAUUUAAUUCUUUUGAUCGUUA